UUAGCGACAAGUCUUCCUCAGUUUAUGCGAGCAACUAUUCGCAUUGUGUUGAUUUUCUUAAUUAAAAAUUUGAAUUCCUAAAAGUGAAUUUGCACCUCAUUUUAACGAUGAGGUACGUAAUUGCUUCAAUGAUAUGUCUCGGCUGUAUGAUAAACAACGUGGUAAGGGGGAAUAUGUCGAUCAUAAUUUUGGCUAUGACGAAACCACUUUACAACACAACAUCGGAAGCACUGCCUGAUUACGGUCCUCGAUAUGCAUGGUCCGCAUAUGAGCAAAGUUUAGUAAUUGGUUCAUAUUUUUGGGGAGGUACCGUGACGAUGUUCAUUGCCGGAAUAUUUGCUGAACGGUAUGGUGCACGGAAAGUGAUUGGACUUGGUAUAAUAGUUGCUGCGAUACUAUCUGGAGUAGCACCAGUAGCAGCAAAUUAUCUCUGGUUAUCAAUUGUAGUUCGGUUUUGUAGUGGAAUGGCAAUGGCAACGGUAUCUCCAUCUAUGCAGGCUCUCAUUUCGAACUGGGCCCCACCAGAAGAGAAAGGCAAGUUUUUGUCAGCGUAUUUGGCUAACGGUAUUGGUACCGUCAUAGAUUGGUCCAUUUCCGGUUAUAUAAUCAAAUACCUCGGAUGGGACUACGCAUUUUAUGUAGUCGUCCUUAUACUUGGCAUAUACGCAGUAGCAUGGUACGGUAUUGUCUACGAUUCGCCAAAGAAGCAUCCUUACAUAUCAACAGAAGAGAAGGAAUUCAUUUUGAGUAAAGUGAAGAUGACAUCAGUGAAGAAACCUUGGCCACCUAUUAAAUCUAUGAUGAUCUCAGUGCCAUUUUGGGCUCUAGUUAUCUUCCAUUCUGGAAUUUUAUUUGCGCAAUUCAUCUUUCUAACAGCUGCACCCAAAUAUCUGAGUGAAGUUCAUCAUUUCGAUAUAGCAACAACGGGGCUUCUUAGUAGCAUUCCUUAUCUUGCAAGAUUCAUAUUUGGAAUUGGCUUCGGAUUUCUUGGCGAUUAUAUGUUCAAAAAUCAAGUACUCAGUUCGAAAUCCAUACGAAAGGGUUUUGCAGUAUGCUCCCAUAUUCUACCGGCAUGCUUCCUCGUUGGCCUUAUGUUUGUCGACAAUCGACCUUACGUUAGUAUUACGUUUAUAUCACUGGCACUGGGUUUUUCUGGUGCAAUAUCGAUCACCUCUAUGCAAAAUCCACAUGAUCUUUCACCUAACUUUGCCACAACUAUUUUCGCGUUCAUACACACAGUUGGAUCAGCAUCGGGCUUUAUUGCUCCCUUGGUCAUCGCCCAUUUUACAAAGAUAAAGAGUUCUGACGAAGAGUGGCAGUACGUAUUUCUAAUUGGAGCCGCUACGCUCGUCGCCAGCGCUAUAAUUUUUAUUGUGUUUGGUCGUGUGACUGUUCAGAAAUGGAACAAAAUCGAUAAUGAGAAGACGGAAAUGAAAUUAUUAAGUCCAUUAGCACCAUUGGCUAAAUUUGAAAAAGCCAAACUAUAGUUCUAUUACGGCUGUGUCAGAUGACUGCUCAAUGGGCAGAGUAUCAUUCUAUAUAACGUAAAAAGCAUAAUACGCUCUAAUGAUAUUUUUGAUAAGAUUAUGAAAUAAACAAGAUGAGACAAACAAAAAA